AUGUCCCUGCCAGGUACCGAUCGUGCAGUCAUGGCCACCGGUGGUACUUUACAGAAGGCAAUCGAUUUGGUGACGAAAGCAACAGAGGAGGAUCGGAACAAGAAUUAUGAAGAAGCCAUGAGGUUAUAUGAAAAUGGAGUGCAGUAUUUCCUUCAUGCCAUUAAAUAUGAAGCGCAGAGUGAACGAGCCAAGGAAAGCAUUCGUGGAAAGUGCAUGCAAUACCUUGAACGCGCAGAGGUUCUCAAAGAACAUUUGAAGAAAAAUAAGAAGAAACCCGUCAAAGCUGGCGCAACUGAUGAAAAGAAGUCGAACGGUGGGAAAGGAUCAGAUUCAGAGUCCGACGAAUCGGGUGAUAACCCAGAGAAGAAGAAGCUUCAAGCCUCUCUUCAAGGUGCCAUCAUCAUGGAGAAACCAAAUAUCAAGUGGAACGAUGUCGCUGGAUUGGAAGCUGCGAAAGAAGCAUUGAAAGAAGCAGUGAUCCUUCCUAUUAAGUUUCCGCAUUUAUUCACUGGAAAGCGGACACCGUGGCGUGGAAUUUUGCUGUUCGGUCCUCCUGGGACGGGUAAAUCGUACCUUGCAAAAGCUGUCGCUACAGAAGCUAACAACUCCACCUUCUUUUCGGUGUCCUCUGCCGACCUUGUUUCCAAGUGGUUGGGCGAAUCAGAGAAGCUUGUGCGUAACCUGUUUGAGCUUGCCCGAACCCACAAACCGUCGAUCAUCUUCAUCGACGAAAUCGACUCCUUGUGUUCGUCUCGUUCAGAUAACGAAUCUGAAUCAGCGAGACGAAUCAAAACUGAGUUCCUGGUUCAAAUGCAAGGCGUUGGCAACAGCAGUGACGGUGUUCUUGUCUUGGGAGCAACCAACAUUCCGUGGGUCCUCGACGCGGCCAUCAGACGAAGAUUCGAGCGACGUAUUUACAUCCCAUUGCCUGAAGCACCUGCCAGGACGAACAUCUUCAAAAUUCACGUUGGAAACACCCCGAAUUCGCUCUCCGAGGAAGAUUUCAGGACUCUAGGAAACAAAACCGAUGGGUUCUCUGGUGCGGAUAUAUCGGUUGUUGUGCGUGAUGCAUUGAUGCAGCCAGUGCGGAAGGUUCAAACCGCGACGCACUUCCAACGUGUCCGCGGACCUUCGCGAGAUGACCCAAAUGUUACAGUCGAUGACUUGCUCUCCCCUUGUUCCCCUGGAACCCCUGGGGCGAUCGAAAUGUCGUGGAUGGAUGUGCCUAGUGAUAAGCUACUCGAACCUGUGCUGAAUAUGGGCGACAUGUUGCGAUCGCUGGCAACAACACGCCCUACUGUAAACGCCGAGGAUUUAAUCAAGUUGGACAAGUUUAAGUCUGAUUUCGGGAUGGAAGGUUGAGCCAAAAGUCUUUGCGUUUGGGUAGGUUUGCUUUGGCAGAUAUUGCGUUUUCUCCAUCGUACUCCCGAUUCAGACGAGAAUGCCGGAUACUAGUUGAUUUUUAUGAUUAUAUUGAUCGUGCUCAGUGAAAGUUUUGCUGAAUUCGGAGGAGAGCGUUAAUUUUUUACGUCCCUGAAAGCGGUGCAACUUCACUUGCCGAGAUUUAAUGUAAGAUGCAAAGAAUCGCGUUAACUCAUCUAGAGGAACUGGUUUUCACAUCUGAACCGUCAUCGAUUGUGGUUCGUGGAAACCCGCGGCUUAGUGAUUUUAACUUUUAUGAGAAUUUUUUUUUAAAUGUUUCCGUUACCUUUAAGCGCCUUGUUUCCUCGCCAGUGAUUUCGUAUGGCUUUUUUUCACUGGGCACUUGUGAUGUACCAAUCGAUCGUUUGCAGCACGGUACGAUUGAGGAAAUGGCUUAAUUCUCGAGUCCCGACGCUAUGGAGAGCCUAAGCCCAUUUAUUGAAAGCGAAGAGCGUUUUAUUUGUGAGAACAUGGACGAAACUUUUCGUGAGGACGACGUGUACAGUAAAUCUACCGUUACUUUGCAAUCGCUUGCGCUUUUUUGCUGGGAUCGAUUUUGUUGAAGAUGAGAAACAAAACUGCUUUUCCUGGAUAAAAC